GAGCGUGUUCGCCUGUAGGGUUCUUUUCAUAAUCUCAAAGAAAAUUAUCUUUGUUUUAUGUGCAGUACUACUGGGUGGAAGAGACAAGAAGAAAUAAUAAAGAGGUAGGCUAAGAAGCACUUUACUUUUAAUAGCCGGUUCUGCCAGGAGCCGGGCGUACAACUCAGAAAUUCACAACUCCCAAGCAUGGGCUCUGUCCCACCCACCUCCUGCAGCUGGGUCAGAAGGAGGGGUGUGCCCAGGGCGCGCCAAGGGGCAGCAGGAUGGGGCAGGACCAGCACUGGGAUUAGUGUAUUCCAGAGAGGAGGGGUGAGGGAGAUGGUUCUAGGAAUCUGCCUCAGCCCGGAGAGUGGGAGGCGGGGGAUACCUUGGCCCACACUUUCCGGACGAGAAGGGCGGUGGUGCUGCGGGACUUCCAUUUCUCCAUUCUCGCUUUUCUGGGGUGGCUGGCUGCCUAUUCUGGGACCGGUCCAGGUCUCAAAUUCUGGGACUGAGUCAGGCCAGGUUUUCCCUCUGCCUCUGGGUGCAGAACGAACUACUUGAAUCGCCGACUCUGGCUCCGGUUCCUGGAUCUGACCGCGUUUUCUCUGCGUCCCUGCGGCAGAGCCGGUGGCCGGGCUUUCAGUGCCUUCUAGAGCCGGGAGCCUGAGCAAAGAGGGUUCGAAUCUCGGAGAGGGAAGAGGCUGCUGAGCGAUCGGGGAGCUGGGACCCCGAAGCCCCGGUCCCAAGCCCAGGAUCCGGCGGGCAGGCAAGGAGCGAGAGCCGGCGCCAAUAUGAGCCGGCCCUUUCAGCCCUGCUGAGGCUUCAUGGCAACAGUGCAGAGACCUCCGAGAUCCAGUGACACUGCCCUCCACGCCAUGGGCAGCGUGGGUAGCCUGCUGGAGAGACAGGACUUUUCCCCUGAGGAGCUGCGGGCUGCCCUGGGGAGUGCCCGAGGCUCACGCCAGCCCGAUGGACUCCUUCGGAAGGGUUUGAGUCAGCGAGAGCUCCUCAGCUACCUUCACCUGGCCAAGAAGGACUCCAAGACCACCAAACGCUGGCCAUCAGGGGGGUCUCACCGGCAGGGGGAUGAUGACCAUCAUAGCAACUAUGCUGGUCUUUACUACCGGGAGCACCCCCGGGGGGCUGACUUCACCAAGACCUCCCUGCCCGAGCGGGGCCGCUUUGAUAAGUGCCGCAUCCGCCCCUCAGUCUUCAAACCAACGGUAGGUACAGGGAAGAGCUUCCUGUCCAUGCAGAGCCUGGCAGCCCACAAGGGCCAGAAGCUGUGGAAGAGCAAUGGAAGCCUCCAUACGCUUGUGUGCAACCCCCCCCUGAGCCCUGGUCCCCAGGCCAGCCGAGCUCGGGCCCAGCUGCUGCAGGCCCUCAGUCUGGAUGAAGGCGGCCCCGACCCUGGCCUGUCUGAUUCCUCCAGCGGGGGCAGCGGGGGCCCUGGCCCUUUCAGUGCUUCUGUGGGACAUGUCAAUCACCUUGGGGGCUCCCUGGAUCGAGCUGCCCGAAGCCCUAAAGAGCAGGCCUUGGUGACUGCAGGCGAAAUGGGGCCUUUGGCGGCUUUGGGCUGCCUGCCCGAGCCCCCACCGCCCUACGACUUCACCUACACUGCUCAGAUGGCCCAGGACUCGAUGGCCCUGCGGCAGGGCCAGCCUGGGAUUGGGGGUCUAUCAGAGCUGAAGGGAGGCCUCGGUGACGAGGAUGGUCCCAGCCCGUUUGCACAGGAGUUGGAGGACAGGCAGCAGCUGUGGCUGGCCGAGCUGAAGCGUCUCUAUGACGAGAAGCUGCAGGAGAUAGCCCAGAAGGCUGAACGGAACGAGCGGAGCCUCCAGCUGCAGCUCUUCAUGGCUCAGCAGGAGCAGCGGAGGCUGCGGAAGGAGCUCAGUGCUCUCCAGGGCCUGGCCAAGGAGCCCCCGCACUCCCCGGACCGCACCAGUCCUAGUCUGGAGGAGGAGGCCAAGUGGGAGGUGGGCCAGAAAACUUCAGAAAUCUCUCUCUUGAAGCAGCAGCUGCGGGAGGCCCAAGCAGAGCUGGCCCAAAAGCUCGCAGAGAUCUUCAGCCUGAAGACCAAACUCCGAAGCAGCCGGGCCCAGGCCGAGGCCAAGGACAGUGAGCUGGCCCGGCUUCGGGACACGCUCUGCCACCAGAGCCCGUCGGAGGGGCCGGGCCCGGGGGAACUGCCUGACGGGGGUUGUGAAACGGAUGAUUCCAAGAGCCAGGGCCUUCGGGGGGAGGCGGGCAGCGGCGGGGCAGAGAGACUGUGGAGCGAGCUGCAACGGGAGCGGCAGCAGGGCAGGGAGCAGGCCCUGCUCUUUGAGCAGGAGCGGAGGACGUGGCAGGAGGAGAAGAACAGGGUCCUGCGGUACCAGCGGGAGAUCCAGGUGAGCUACAUGGAGAUGUAUCACCGCAAUCAGACCCUGGAGCAGGAGCUGAGGGAGCUGAGGGAGCUUCGAGCCCCCCAGGCACCAUGGAGCCCGAGGCUUGAGUCCUCCAAAAUCUGAGUGCUGCUGGAGCCGAGUAGGUGGCUGUCACAGGACCCCACAGGGAGAGUCCCUGGGAGAAGUCGGGAGGGAAAAGCCCCCUUCUCUCUCUCCCCAUUCCUCUGUAGGGUCGUAGGCCCUGAGAAGAGAGAGAUGGGAGAGCUCCAUGUGGGGCUAGGCCAGGCCGGGGAGGAGGGCUCCCAGUGUGGGCACUGCCCUCGUUUGGUGCUUGGAAGCAGAAGCUCAGGGGGUGCUUCCCCCCCUUUAUCAUUUGUCCAAGUGUGUCUUGACGCUUAACCACUCCCUGGAUUGAUUAUGUGAUCUGCAUCCGAGAUCCAGCGGAGAGGCUGGGAGGGUUAGAGUAGGAUCCCCCAUGACAGAGAGUGGUGGGGGAAAGGGCUGGAACAGAGCGGGAGCCUGGAGACCAUGAGCCCCUGUGUCAUGUCCCCGACUCCCUGCGGGCCAGUGUGGGGAGACAUAGGUGCCCCGCCCCUCAAAGAAUAAAGCCAUGCUGUUGUGGUGUUGUUUUUUAAACUGGAGACUCUUCUCGCUUUGCUGAGGCCUGCUUCUGUCAAAUGGUGUCCCAGAGGAGUGUGUUUGGGAAAGGUGAAGGAGAGCCUUCCAGACGUGACCCAGGUGAGGGGGUCGCAGCCCGGCUUUUAGAUCCCUUUCUUGUCAAGGUCUGGAUUCUCUGAAUCCAAUUCCAUUGGGUUACAGGAAGGAAGGCAUUUCCCCUGGGCUUUGCAGGGGUAGGAGAGGGUCUUCUGAGCUUCACUGAGUGACUCUCCCACCUUUCAGAUUUAGGGGAGGAACAAAGCCUGCUUCCAAAAUCCUACUGAGAGGACUUUACGAGGGACCUAAAGGAGGGGCUCUGGGGGAAGCACUAAGCAAAAGGAGAUAGAAGUCCGUGACCAAGUUUGCAAAGGUUCAAAGUCAUUCUACCCUUUGAUGGUAGCUGAUAUUUCCCCAUUUUCCCUUCCCGACACUGGCAGGAUCCAGAUGCAUCCUGGGGCACCUGGACAACCCCAACUUGAAUCGAUGUCCAUUGGGACUUGAUUUCCAUCUUCCCAAUGAUGGUGGGCUGCUUCUCUACAGCAUCAUGAGAAUUCCUAAGCCUUGACAUUGGUCAUUAUCUUGGGGACCUUUGGGGCCUCUCAGCUCUGUAGCUGAGUUUUCCUACAGUGUCCUCUUGUCCACUCAGGGUGACCUUCUGGAGGGCAAAGGGGUGGGGCUGCUGCUUUUUAUCUUUGCAGCCCAUGUAAUAAAAACUUUUUCUUUCAUUAA